AUCAUUUUUUCCCAAAAUAAAGGUUGAAUCCCCAAGGGCCCAACCCCAAGGGCGCCAUAAUCAUCAUAUUAAUUAGCAAAGGGUCUUUAAUUUGUGCUGCCAAGAUGACAAUGCCCGUUCAGCAACCUCAGCCUGUGGCAAAGAAGGUGGAAGAUGGUGGCUUCAUUGCGCCUGAAAGCAAUGCUUUUGGGAACACGUUCAGGGAUUAUAGUGCAGACACUGAAAGAAAGGAGAGCGUUAAGGAGGUCUAUCGGCAGAUGCACAUUAACCAAACCUAUGAUUAUGUGAAAGAAAUGAGGGAGAAGUAUAGGAAGCUGGAUCGGGUGGAGAUGAGCAUAUGGGAAUGCUGUGAGCUUCUGAAUGAGGUUGUGGAUGAGAGUGAUCCAGAUCUUGAUGAGCCCCAGAUCGAGCAUUUGUUGCAAACUGCUGAAGCCAUCAGGAAAGACUAUCCUAAUGAGGAUUGGCUCCACUUGACUGCACUUAUCCAUGAUCUUGGGAAAGUUCUGCUGCUACCAAAAUUUGGAGGGCUUCCUCAGUGGUCUGUUGUUGGUGACACAUUCCCUCUUGGCUGUGCAUUUGAUGAGUCCAUUAUUGUUCAUUCAGAGUUCUUCAAGGAGAAUCCUGAUUAUAAUAACCCUCUUUACAACACCAAGAAUGGGGUGUAUUCUGAGGGAUGUGGGCUGAAUAAUGUGUUGAUGUCUUGGGGACAUGAUGACUAUAUGUACUUGAUGGCUAAGGAAAACAAGACCACCCUACCAAAUGCUGGGCUGUUUAUCAUUAGAUAUCAUUCUUUUUAUCCUCUGCACAAGUGUGGAGCAUACACCCACUUGAUGAAUGAUGAGGACCGUGAGAAUCUCAAAUGGGUCAACAUUUUCAACGAGUAUGAUCUGUACAGCAAGAGCAAAGAGAGGAUUGAUGUGGAGAAGGUGAAGCCAUACUAUGAGUCUCUCAUUAAGAAGUACUUCCCAGAGAAGCUCAAGUGGUGAAAUUUUGGAGAGUUUGGAAGUUACUGGUAGUUCUGCUUCAACUGGCUUAUAUAUAUGCUUGAAAACUCAUGGCUUUUUUUAAAAAAAAAAAAAAAUUAAAAAAAAAUGUGUUCUGUUAAUUGUAAUUUGGUGUAGUAAAGAAUGGAAGUUAAAUGUAAUUGUUAGAUGAUUAGAAGCAAAAGCCAAUAAAGCCAUCCACUUGUCUGUUUUGCCAGCUCAAUAUAAUGCAUUCAACAUUAUCUGAAUAAUUUAG